AGUGUAGCGAACUAACUUUGACGCAUCCAAACAGGUACCGUCACUGAACUGGACUUGUCUUCUUGGUGGAACACAGCAAGCAGCUAUCGAGGAUGUCCGAAUCAAAACCGUGGCCUCUCGCCCGCAAGAGCGCCUAUUCACAAACAACCGGUAAGUUUAUUGUAUCUCGGAAGCCUCCACCCAUCGCUCCCAGGUCCACGGAGAAACGUCUCUUGCUUGAAUUCUCGGUGCAAGCCAUCGAUCAUGGGCAAGAGUAGGAAUCACGGAGGGCGCCGCAACCAGCCGCAAGGCAACGCAAGGGACGCGCAUAGACAUGCAGGGAACCGCGUCGAAAAAUCCAAGCAGCAAGACGGUAAAGGUGGGAAUAGACGACAUCAAAACAGAUGGACCAUCACACCGAACACAAAGGAGUACCAAUGGAGAAAGAUGGUAGCAAAGUAUGGCUUCGGGCCGCUGUAUAGUUCCUUUGGAACGCCCUGGGCUGGGCAGCCACAGCACGAGUUCUACCUACAUGGCCCUCGCCAGCCGUAUUGGCGAGGCAAGGACUAUCGGCAGAAGCGAGCGACUCAAUCCUGGCCCUUUGUGAAGUAUUUCGAGGAAGACGAGACAAUGGGCGAUGUAGGAGAUUUGGAGCCGGCCAUACCCCUGUCCGUCACGAUCGACCAGGAGAUCGACAUGGCAGCGCAUCACCCUGAAGACUAUCUUGGAUUCGACACUCCACUUGCACCCACAAGUGUUUCUUUUGAUCAAGAUAUGUUCACGGUCAUGGAUAAUUCCCAUGGCAUUCUGGAGCAUCCCAAGCCGUUGGACAGUGUCAAUGGUGGGCAAGGGCUGCCUUCGUCCUGGCAUCAGGGGCUGUCAGUACCUGCACCGCUACUUUGGGGACAAGUGUCUGCACUAACACCGGGCCCGCAGACAAUACCAUAUUCGCCGAGCCCUUUGAGGGUAGAAGUAACCGCUCCCUCAACUGAAGAUUCCGGAGUGUCCAGCAGCAAUGGCGAGGACACGGAGGAGACUACGCCUGCCAGUUCGCUGACCCAGGAGGACCCCCUUCUGUCCUGCCCAGCCAUCCAAGUGCCAGAUCAGCUGGACAUCGAGGCAGCUCUAGGUCAGCUGUACGAUCCGAAAUUUGUCGAAUCACUGGCUGUUCCUGGAAACCUGCCCGAAAUACUGCGCCUCGAAGAAGUGUGCGUCCAAACGGCCAAGAUUGCAGAAGAGGCCGGACUUGCCAUGCUGGCCGCCGAAUAUCGAAACAAGUCCUCGUCACCAGUUACCAAUGGCAUCCAUGGAAGUGGUAGCUGUCACAACGGUUUACAACAGAAUCAGCCCCCAGUGGGGGAAUCAUUUGGAGCCGACGACCAGCGCAACCACCAUGACAAGGAACCUGCGGAGAAAAAAGACGACCACAAGAGUGGCAACACGCAUGAGAAACGUAGCGCGCGAGGGCAGGUUGCAAGCCCCCAGCCGCCUCGGCAUAAUGGUGGUAAAAACGGUAAUAAGGGGAUCGACAAUCCCAAAAAGGACAAUAGGAACCCGAGACACCGCGUCCCCAACAAAGGCGGGAAGAAGAAUGGCAAGGCGGCUUUCGAAGGGCACCGAGACCGGCAUAGGAAUCGUAAGUAAUACCACGACGGAUGGUGUCGCUGGAGCACAGACGCAAGCUGACGGACUCCUUCAGGUAGA